AUGCAGGAACUCAACCAGUCUUCUGUGACAGAAUUCAUUCUGCUGGGAUUCAUCCUCAGUCCCAGGACAAAUCCUCUGCUCUUCACCUUCUUUUUGGUCUUUUACCUUCUGAUCCUCGUGAGCAACAGCCUCCUCAUCAUCCUCAUCCAUCAGGACUCUCGCCUGCACACACCCAUGUAUUUCUUCAUCAGUGUCCUCUCCAUGCUGGAUGUGUGCUACACCACCACCACUGUGCCCCAGAUGCUUGCACAUAUUCUCAGUGAGAAGAGGACCAUUUCUUUUGCUAGAUGUGUGGCCCAGAUGUACAUCUUCCUCCUCUUUGGGGUCACUGAGUCCUGGCUUUUCUCUAUAAUGUCAGUGGACAGGUACAUGGCCAUCUGCCACCCUCUCAGAUACAAGGUCAUCAUGAGCCGCUGGGUAUGUCUCCUCAUGGUGAGUAUCUGCACAGCCUAUGGGGUUCUGGGAAGCCUGUGCUACACUUUCUUUGCUAUGCACCUGCCCUAUUGCGGUCCUAAUCAAAUUAACCACUAUUUCUGUGAGGUCCCUGCAGUUCUGAAGCUGGCUUGUGCAGACACAUCCCUCAAUGACUUGGUGGACUUUAUCAUAGGCUUCAAUGUCAUUGUGGUUCCACUCUCCCUGGUUGUCCUUGUCUAUGCCAACAUCUUUGCCACCAUCAUGAAGAUCCACUCAGCCCAGGGACGGAUUAAAGCCUUUUCCACCUGUGCUUCCCACAUCACAGUAGUCACCAUGUUUGCCAUUCCAUGUAUCAUCAUGUACAUGGGCCCUGGCUCUGGUUCCUUAUCAAAUAAUGGCAAGAAAAUGGCCCUUUUCUACAACAUUGCCACAGCCUUCCUCAACCCCAUCAUCUACAGUCUAAGGAACAAGGAUGUGAAAAAGGCUUUUUUCAAAUUGAUGGGGUGGGGCAGGGCCUCAGAGUAA